UGGCGAGCAGUCAAGAGGGUGAACGACGUUCUGACACCUCCCGAUGGUGGCUGGGGAGAGGCUGUCUAUGUGGUGGUCGUCACACCUGCUGUCCAAUCAUCAACCUCUGCGAGUUUACCGAGGGUGGAGGUGGGAGAUGGGGGAGGAGGGGGCACAGGGGGAGGGGAGACCGGGGGAGGAGGGGGAGGAGGAGGAGUGGGUGGGGAUGGGAGCUUUAACAAGAGGAAGAUGGAGGACGAGGGAGAUGGAGAGAGCCAGAGAUCGGCCAAGAAUCCUCGCUCUGCUAGUCCCGACUUUACGGGCCUCAAGGUGAGAGACCUGAACCGAGAGGACAUGAUAGUCCUGGGUCUCCAGUGGUCUGUGACUGAUGCUGAGCUGAAACGAUACUUUGAGCAGUUUGGAGAAGUGGCAGCCGCUGAGGUGAAAAAGGAUCAUAUAACUGGCAAGUCUCGGGGGUUUGGUUUUGUGCGGUUCUUAGACCCAGCAGUCCAGGAGAAGGUCCAGGUCAUGCAGCACACCAUCAAAGAGAGAAGAGUGGACAUCAAACACCCAAGGAAGAGUCCGUCGUACAUGCCUUGCAAACUGUUUGUCGGGUGCCUGCCCAUGAAACCAGAGGCCACUACACAAGAACUCCAGGAAUACUUUGGUAAUUUCGGCGAAAUAUCCGACAUAUACAUCCCGAAACCUUACCGCGGGUUUGGGUUCGUGACCUAUCAAGAAGGCAGCGAUGUGCAGAAAGUACUGGCACAAACCCAUCGUCUUCGACACUCUACACUCAACAUCACUCACGCGGACCCGAAAGGUGCGCCUCGUCGAGCGGGUCCAGCCGCAGCGUCACACGGGGACGCUACGGGGAGCUAUGGAUACGGCUACGGGUCUCAGUUUUACAAUCCUCAGCCUCAACAACAACCGCAGGGAAUGUACUACAGCUACGGGACGCCUCAACAGCCGACUCAAUUCGGGUACACCGCACGAGGAUACACCCCGCAGCAGCAACAGUCCGGAUACAACUCUGGCACCGGACCUCGUCCGGGGAUGGCCCCUGUUAAUCAGCACCAAUCUCACAUGGAUCAGUACCCCCCGCAGCCACCUAACGAUGUCCCGCCGCCAGCCAAGAGGCCUCAUUCGGGCGGGCAUCAGCACAUAGCGGAAGUUGGGGCGGAGACGCAGGGGCCGUAUGGCGGUGCCCACUACGGUGGUGGUGGUGGGGAGGCAAUGGGAUACGGGGGGAAU